UUGGUCGCCUUGGAGGCCGCGCUCCUGCUCUGCUUGCACGCCCAGAAAGGGGCGGGGCUGACAGCGUUGCUAAGCGAGGAGGGUAGGCGCGGGGCUCUUCGGUGAAGUAGCUCAGCUGGCGCUAAGGCUGAAAUAAAUCCGACAGACUGACUGCAGGUGAGGUUGGUCCGUCUUUCAGUGACCACAGGAGGCCUUGGGGAAGGCAACACGGGUUUACAAGAGCCUGGAGUCUCCGGCCCAACCUUACGAGAACUACAACUCCCAAGAUACUAAGCAGUUUGGUCGCUCCGGCAUCUCUGACUGACGUCUUUUGUUCUUUCUGGGUGGGCCUAACGGAGUCUAAAAGAAAUUUGAAAAUUUAGUUCUGCAAAGAAGACUCAAUAGUGUGGAGAAGUCUGUUUCCUGACAUUCUGAUUCUGUUAGCCUGGAGUGGGAACCGGGAAGAGCCUACGGGUGUGCUUGGGUAUACCAACCCACUCUGGCACAUCAAGUCACUGCAGGACUAGGCCAGUCCUCUCCCACUGAGGCCAGGCAAGGCAGCCCAGUUAAGGAAACGGGAUCCACAGACAGGCAGCAGUCAGUUUUCACCUCCCAAGACAGCCCUUGGAAAUGUUCCCCAAGGUGGACAACCCUUUAGACCAUCAAGAAGCCAGAACUGGAGCCACAAGGUCUCAAAAGCCACAAGCUCCCAAGGCCACAGCAGCCAAUUCUGCUGAGCUGUCUGAGGAGUCCUGGCCAUCCAGUUCAGGGACCGCUUCCCCACCCAGUACCACUGAGGGACAGAGUACCUCUCCACCCCUCACCUUAAUUGACAACGAGGACUCAGUGGUGGCCAAGUACAUAAACCGGUUCCGCAAAGCUCAGCCCACGAGCCGAGAGGACCGCCAGCCCGUGGGCCCAACCCCAGCUGACUUUUGGUGGCUACAGCCUGCGUCUUCAGACCUCAGCAGUCACCUUGCAGCAGCAGGAGCUGGUGAACCUACAGGAAGAUCUGCCGUGACAGGUCCAUGUCCCACCGGGAUGUCCAGUACGUCUCUGGCUUCUGUGCCUCUUCAGAGAGUAAAGCAGAGUCUGAACUCUUGGAACUCGGCUAUGCUGGAGCUGGAGACCCUGAGCCUUCAAAGCCGAGCGGCCAAGCUGCUGGAACGCAGCAAGGCCUCCCUCUCCUCCUCCUCCUCCUCCCCCAGUCCCAACGAAGCCAGCAGCUCCUCCUUCCCCAUCAGCUCUGACGGCCUCUCUCCCUGCUCUGUGACCUUCAAUCCGGACUCCAACAAGAGUUCUAGUCCCAAAGAACCCGUGCUGGGAGCAGCCCCAGUGCCAUCCCAGGCCAUCCCUGCACCCCGCCCAGCCUCUGCCCAGGCAACCCUUAAGCCUGAGGAAGACAUUUUAUACCAAUGGAGGCAACGGAGGAAGCUUGAGCAGUCUCUACAAGGUGCAGGUGAUGGAACCUGGGUGUUGCCUCGGACACCAGCCCUCACUACUCAGACUCCUGUCUCUGCAGUGAAUCUUGGUUCCAAGGGGACCCAACCUAACUGUGCUCCACCAUGGGGCAGUGUGGCCCAGCCUCCUCCCCCACAGGCAUUCUAUAUGGAGAGGCCACCUCUUUCAGGGCCCUCUCCACACAUCUGGGCCCCCGGCACACACGGGGUUCUCUGGGCCCCACAGGCCAAUCCCUGGAUACCUCUUGGGAUGGUUCCUACCACACUGCUAACCUCCACCCUUGCUCCCUUGGCCUCCUUACCAGUACCACCUACCUCCACUUCAGCUGCCACAGCCCCCAUCUCUGCUCCCCAGGUCUCCAUCCCAGGGCCCCCAGCCUCUGCCCCACCUCCCUGCACUUCUGCCCCAGCUUCCACCGUCCCACUACCUGACAACCCCCAGGGACCAACCACCCCUGAGUUGAGUAGCUCUGUCCAUCCCAAGAAGCUGAGCCCCAAGCCUCGCUGUGUGAGCGCUUCGUCUCGUCAGGAGACUACUGGACCAGACACUGCAGCUUUCGAGAGUCCCUGUUCUCAGCUUAGGGGGGCUCUGAGCCAGGUAGUGACAGCUCGGCUGUUCUCCGACAGCCUGGAGGAUAUGCCUCCAUCUGAAGCAGAUUCCCGGAAAGUCAAGGCCACCUCCUCUCAAGCCAAAGUUCCGCCCCCUCCACCUGAGUCCCGGCGUGGGUCCAAGACAGAGUCCCGCAAAAGUAAAGUCACCCUCUCAGCUGAAGCUGGGGAUCCACAGCCGGCUACAGCCCCAAAGGCAUCCACACUGUCAGAGGUCCAAUCACUUGAAUUCAAGAAGUCUACACCCAAGAAGGGAGCUGGUGACGCCUUGACUACGGCCCCGCCUGCCUCAAGCCACGCCCCUUCCGAGGACUUGCUAUCCCAGGCCGCUAGACUUCUGCAGGCUGCGGAAGACUCUGACGGCAGCGAGUUUCCGGAAGACUCUGUGUUGCGAGUGCUAAGGGCUCAGAGGGCAGAACUAAGGCAGCAGAAAAGGAAUGUGGAUGCCCAAUUAUCCCUCCUCUUGGACCACACUGAAGACCCAGGAUUUUCAUCUCCUCCAGCCAGGUCACCUUCCAGUUCCCCAAGAAUGCGGUUAAGGAGGGAAGGAGCCUCCCUUGAGGCCAGACGACCUUGAAUCAUAAACAUUGUUUUUCCUGGGCUGGGGAGGUGGCUCAGUGGGUAAAGCACUUGCAAGUGUGAAGACCCGAGUUUAGAUCCCCAGAACCCACAUAAAGGUAACUGACAGGCCAGCUGGUCCAUGGAGACAGGGUCUCAAUCAAGGUGGAAAUCAAAGACCAAUCUCUGAAAUUCUCUGACUUCCACACAAGAGCUGUGGGGUGUGGUGCACAUAACACAGGCACGCACACACAGGCACACACACACACGGACGCACACAUGCGCUCGCGCACGCACACACACACACACACACACAUACACAGGCACACACACUAAAGUUGUCCCCAAUUAAUAUUUUUCCAGUUUACUGUUAAUCUCUAAGAAAUGGGUUGUUGUAGAAAGGCUGAUUGUGCUAAUAAGGAAAUGUAGCUCUUCCCUAACUACUGAAACAAAGUUUCUUCUCUCUAGCCCUCCUUCCCACCCCCUCUCUCUGAUAUCCCUCCCCCUCUCUCUCCCCGGGAGCACAUGGCUCUAGGUAAUGUGGGCACCUGACUUAUGCAACUCAGAAGUGGAGUUGGACAUCUCAGAUGGAGACAAAGGCCCUGUUAUGUGGCACUAAGAAACAUCAGUGUUGGACAAUACAUCUCUCAUCUGAGCUGGCAUCCUCCCUCUCUGAUGGCCGUCUCCCUCCACGGGCUCACGAUGCCUCGGUUCCCACAGGUGCCCAGAUUCCUGGUGUUUCCCCAAGUUCGUUCUCCUUCACAUUCUUCAAGACUGUGCUCUCCCUACUCAGGACCAAAGUCCUUCGACAGUUAGCCUGACUCCUCCCCUUCCCCACACAUAGUCAGGCGCUGACUCGGUUUGCUUUAUAGUUCCCCAGAAUCCAACUCCUUUCCGCUGCCCUCGCCUCAGUCUAGGCUUCCUCCUACCUGUACAGUUGAAGGUUCGCCAUUACUAUAAACACAUCUGCUCCCUCUUUGAUGCACUUGCCACCCAGGGGGACAGCCUGUCUCUUCUCUUUGAAACUGAGCUUUUCAACAAAUGCACCUGAAAGCCUGAGGCCUCUGUCAGAAACAUGGGUUCUGUCCUCCCGUUCUUUUUCUUACUUUCUGUGACUCAGAUGCUUUUCAGAGUCUGCUAUGAAACCUGAUUGCUGGACACGGAAACACACACCUGUAAUCUCAGGAGUCUGAGGCCAGAGGAUCUCACUCUGGGGUCACCCUCAUAGUGAGUCCCUGUGUUGAAAAAAAGAGUCAUGGGGCUGGAGAGAUGGCUCAGUGGUUAAGAGCACUGACUGCUCUUCCAGAGGUCCUGAGUUCAAUUCCCAGCAACCACAUGGUGGCUCACAACCAUCUGUAAUGGGAUCUGAUGCCCUCUUCUGGUGUGUCUGAAGACAACUACAGUGUACUUAUAUAUAAUAAAUAAAUAAAUCUUUAAAAAAGAAAGAAAA